AUGCGUUUAUUCGUUGGUUACAAAUCAUCAAAUCAAAGCUUUAAACAAUUAGAAGUAGAAACUGAAAGAGGUGAUGCCGGUUAUCUUCAGAUGGAUUGCGCCCGUGAAUCUUUCGCAUUUGCAACAUAUAAACCAAAAUCAGAAAGGAAAGUUAAAAAGUUUGUUCAUUCGUUAUAUAAUAAUGUUCAAAAAUAUGAUAACUCAGUAUGUGGUAAAUAUAUUGACCCUUCAGAAGUUUUCAAGAGAGCAAAUGAAGAAGUUGAUGUCACUUUUGAUAUGAUUAUUCCGGUAAAUGAUUUGUUAGCAUUUCAGGCGUUCGAUGA